AGUUAAACCCCAAAGGAUGAGAUUCACUGUAACGAAGAGCGAAGUUGAAAUGCCGCUGAAACUGCGAGACAAGCCGUGAGAGCUUUAUCGAGCUUUAUCCAUCUUGUUGAGUUCCUUGUCUUAUUAUGAAACUCAGCUGCGGUAGAAACCAAAUCGUUGAAUUCAGCUCUGCUACUUGAUAAGAAAAAUGCUAUCAUCCAAGUAAAGAAGAGAGGAGGAAGCAUAUGACAGCUGAGAACUUGAUCUGAAAGCCUCUAGAUCCAUCAAUUCAGAUAGCAGAGACAAAUCAAAACAAGAGAAGAAAAAAAGCAGACAGAACCAGGACAAGAAUUCAACGAGAGAUUCUAAAAACGCAAAAAAAAACUCUUUCUUGUAAGUGAUCUAAGGAAAAGAUAAGGUUAUAUUAACAAUCACCUUGAGUGAAUUUCUCCAAAUUAUAGAUGUUUCUAUUAUACACGGAGAUUAAUGUCUCCAAAUUAUUUAAAAUUAAGGGUUUUUGACUUUUGACCUAAAAACCCAAAGCGACUGAUUUAUAACCCUUCCGCGCGGGUCGCGCUCUCAAACUCCGAAAUCAACCAUCCCAAACGCAAAAAAUUAAGCCGAUCUUGCUCUCGCUCUCGCAUCCAUUCAUCUCUGUUGAAUUCUCAUCAUGGCGACUGCUGCUGAUUCUCGGGCUGUCAAGUCACAUAGCAACUCUGAAGGAAGGAAGAGAUUUAUGUUUAAGAAUUUCGCCGAGAGAGUGAAUGAAAUUGAAAGCAAAGUCCUCAAAGUCUUUAGGAGCUUACAUAAGGUGAAGGAUGAGCCUUCACAGGGUUCCACAUAUCUCAAGGAUUGCCUCGUUGAAUUCAGGGAACUGAAUACAGCGGCGGAUUUUAUCUCGUUUUAUGAAGAAAUGCUGCCCUGUGUUCAAACUCUGCCGUUGGUUGUGUUGCAUCAAGAUUUAAUCUUCUCUAAACUUGUCUCUGGUUUACAUAUCAAAGCAAGAUUCUCUCUCGAAGCCUUUCUCUGGUUGAUAUAUGCUUUAUCGAGGGAUCUCUUGGACGGCUUUCUUCCCUUCCUUCCGCGGCUUGUUAACUCCAUAGUGACUCUCCUGAAAAAUGGUGGACAGAAAGAACCAGAUAUUCUUGAGCAGAUAUUCGUAUCAUGGUCGCACAUAGUGCGGGAUCUGCAGAAGUAUCUCAUAUGCGACAUCGAAGGUAUUCUCAGGGAUACAUUGGAGCUGAGGUAUUACCCCGGCGAACAUAUCUUCAAAUUGAUGUCACCUUCCAUAUCAUUUUUGUUGAGGACUGCACGGGAUGAGCAACUCGAAAUAGGGAUCAAAAGGAUCCUCUCCGAAAUUGCAUAUCCACUGAAAAAAUGUGGAGGAGAUAGUAUACUAUAUCAUGUGAUGAGGGGUACCUCUGAGCAUCUCCAUUCCAAAGCUGGGAAGGUUUUGAGUUUCUUGCUGAAAGAUUCAACAUUGUCCUUGGGUGUUCAAUUUCCUCAGGGUUCUUGUAGUAUAGUAGAAGCUUUGAGUUCAACUUUGCAAAGAAUAUGCAAGGAUUUUAAAGCAGAAGAAUUAUUUGUUAUGUGGAACUGCCUGUAUGAAGAAACAAAAGAAUCAAUCAAAAACAAAGCAACAGCUCAUUUAAGCCGACUCCUGACUCUGCUUACGUCAGUUGUUAGGGUUGAGAAAGGUCUCAAGGUUUAUGAUUACCCAUAUUUGGUUGAACUCGUGAGCCAGAUUGUGCCAACUUUUAUGGAUUCCUCUGCUGUUCUUGAUAAAGUUAUGGGACUAAUGCUAUGCACCAUUGACAGUCCCAGUGCUGCCAAUGAAAUGGAAUCCAUUGCUUCGCAAUGGGCCCCCAUUUUUUCCGUGAACUGUUCGAGUUUGCUAAAUUUUUUGCGGGAGUUGCUAGGGAAGGAUAAAUUAGUUCUGAAAGCCUUUAGUAGUAAUAUAUUAAGAUCGAUCAACAAUAUGAUUUUGGUGUCUCCUGAGGAGGUUAUUCCUCUGUUACUAUCACUGUGUGAGAGUGAGCCAACAAGUCAUGACAAGGUGAACAUCAUAGAUGAAUCAUUUGAGAGCAAAUUUGAGAGAAUUCAUGAGUUCUUGGAAGAGAAGAUUAAGAAAAUCCAAACGAAUAUAGAGAAUAUAGGAUUAGCUCAAACUGAAGAGGCUGAGUUGGCUGCUGCUUUUGGAGCUAUCAAAUGUUUUCCCUAUUUUAAAGUGGAUCCAUCAUUGCUGAUUUGCUUUAAGAACACUCUCAUACAGCAUUUGUCAGUCUCAGUUGUAAAUACUUUUAGUGCUCCGGAACUGAUGUGGCAGAGCUUACUUGGUGCUGCUUUGAGGUCAUGUCACAAAUUCUCUUCUAGUGGAAGACUCAUCGACAGUGAUCUAGAGGAAGCUUUGUCUCUUGCUAAAUCUUACAAGUCAUGUGUACAAGUGCUGUCUCCUGUGACUGACUAUUUGGAUUUUGUGUAUAGGCCUCUAUUAGCUAAGAAUGAUCUCUCUAAGGCAUGCCCAGAGCUCCAAGCAAAUAUUGCUGAAGAUGCGUUUGACAUAUUUUCUGAAAAUUUAUGUCACUCGAAAAAAGACGUCCGUCUUGUGACUUUAAGGAUUUUGUGCCAUUUUGAAACUUUGUAUCCCAACCCUUCUUUUGAAGAGCAUCCUCCAAUGAAGAAACUGAAAACUGAAGUCAUUCAAAAGUCUUCCCCUGAAAGCAACAAUGUUCUUCAGUUAUUGAAAGCAAUCGAGGAGUCUCAUCUCACAGUAUCGACUGAAAGGGAGUUGGUCAAGGGCAUUAAUACAAUACAAAAUUAUCUCUCUGCUGGCAGGAUACAUGACACAUAUGUGCCACUUGUAUUUAAGGGAAUGAUAGGGUUAUUUUAUAAUCAAUUUUCUGAAAUAUGGGAACCCGUAUCUGAGUGCCUUGCGGUUCUUAUGAAGAAGCACACAGGAGCUGUGUGGAAUGAUUUUGUCCAUUAUUUGGGGCAGUGCCAACUAAAACUUGAAGCACUCGACAGUCAUAGUGAGAAUGAAAACGACAGCAUUUCACAGAUGCAUACUGUUCUGAUAGAGCGUUUUAAUUCGUCUGAUACUAUACGGUCCACACCUACUGGAAAAGUAGUAUCUCUGUUGCUCAAGACCUUACAAAAAAUUCCCUCUGUUGCACAGUCUCGAGUCUCUGAUCUUCUCCCUUUGUUGUUGAAAUUUUUGGGAUACAACAGCGAAAAUCCUUUGAGGGUCGGAUUAUAUAAUGGCGGAGCUUGUAAAGGGGAGGAGUGGAAGGGUUUGCUUAUACAAUGGUUGACUUUACUGAAGUUGAUGAAGAAUCCGAGGUCUUGUUGUUUUAGUCAGUUUGUAAACGAUGUUAUGGAGAACAGGUUCCUGGACCAUAAUGAUGCUGAAAUACAAAUGAGUGUCCUAGAGUGCCUUGUGUUGUGGAAUGACUAUCUACUCCCACACCGCCAUCGCUUGGAGAAUUUGAUCAAACCAAAAGAACUGAGAGAAGAGCUCGCGACCUGGAACUUCUCCAUGGAUAUCGAAGAAGCUCACAGAUGUCAUUUUGUUUCUCUUGUAAUCAGGAUCCUCAUGCCUAAAGUUAGGAAUUUGAAGACUUCAGCGUCGCGUAAGCAUACAAGUAUUCGUCACCGGGAGGCGGUUCUUGGCCUUAUAUCUCAGCUAGAUGUUAAUGAACUUUCUCUGUUCUUCGCAUUGUUGAUGAAGCCUUUAAACAUCAUAUCAGAGGAUACAAUGGACUUGUUUUGGAGCUCAGGCAAAAGCUCUCUGGAUUAUUUCCAAAAGUCGAAUUUCCUCAAAUCUAUCAACGCCGAUGCUAUUUCGACCUUAUCCUGGAAGAAGAAAUUUGGUUUUCUUCAUGUCAUACAACACAUACUUGAAGUCUUUGAUGUAUUACAUGUCCGACCAUUUCUAGACUUUCUGAUGGGAUGUGCUGUCCGGCUAUUAAUAACCUAUGAUCCAAAUAUCGACGAAGAAAAGAGCAUUGAUAAAGAGAGUGUUUCAACGUAUCACGACCAGGCUGGCAGUUCUUUAAAGCAGUUUAAAGAGUUGAGAUCCUUAUGUUUGAAGAUCAUUGCUCGUGUUCUUGAAAAGUACACGGAUUGUGAUCUUGGCUCUGAGUUCUGGGACCUCUUCUUUUCUGCAGUGAAUUCGUUAAUCAAGAGUUUUAAGCAGGAGGGUUCUAGCAGUGAGAAACCAAGCUCAUUGUUCUCAUGCUUCUUGUCGAUGAGUAAAAGCCGCAGUCUCGUCACCUUGUUAUGUCGGGAAGAGUCUCUUGUUCCAGACAUUUUUUCAAUUAUAACAGUGACCACAGCUUCAGAAGCUAUAAAGUCCUCUGCCUUGAGUUUCAUAGAGAAUCUGCUCUGUCUUGAGAGUGACUUGGAUGAUCAUGAAGAUGAUGACCAUAUGAUCAAAGGAUUCUUAGAUCCAUAUAUAGAGGCACUGAUUAACAGCUUGCAUUCUCUUUUCCGUUGGGAUAGUUUGAAAAGGAAAACAUUCAAGUAUCAUGGAGAAAGAGAGAUUAAGAUACUUAAACUAUUGUCGAAGCACAUCGGAGAUGAAUCUAAUGUAAUGGAGUAUUUGGAUAUCUUGCUGUCUUUCUUGGAUAAACGUGUGAAAGAUUCUGAUAUUCAUCGUGAGGCUUUGGUAGCCAUUAAGGACAUCACAUCGUUUAUUGGGAGUGAGAGUACUAGCAAAAUUAUUGAUACAAUCUCUCCUCUGCUUGUUGAUGCUGCACCUGAUGUUAGAUUAUGCAUUUGUGAUCUUUUUGAAUCUCUUGCAAAAAUCGACCUCUCUCUGGAUCUAAUGGCGAAAUGCGUCAGCGAUAUGAAUGCAACCUCACCUAUGGAAGUUGAUGACCUUGACUAUGAAACAAUAAUUAAAGCUUAUGCAAAGAUUGAUGCAGAUUUCUUUACCAAAUCCUCGGAGCAGCAGAUGAUGAUUAUACUCUCACAGAGUUUAUACAACAUAUCAUCAUCAGAAGUUACUUUGAAGGAUUGUGCAUUCAACCUCUUGUGCACUUUUAUUAAAUUUUCAGCUUCCAUACUUUGCCAAGAGGCUUCAGCUCACUCUGAUAAUGGCAAAGAGGUUUCAAAAUUUGAUGCAAGCUGGACAGGAGAUCGUGUGUUGUGGAUUAUAAAUAAGUUUAUUUUGAAACACAUUGGAGAUGCACUAAACAGAGGAAUUUCUAGUGGAAAGGAGGAGAUUCUCUUGAUACGCAAAAUGGUGACAAAACUUCCAGAUUCCGGGAAUCUUGCUGCAUUCGGACCCUUAUGCUCUGAAAACGAUGACGUUGAUUUCUUUAAAAACGUCCUUAGCAUUCAGAUAUACCGUAGAAAAAAGGCGAUUAACCGUUUUUCCAAGGAGAUCAAAGAUAGCAGUCUGCCUGAGGGCGUAGUGAGAAAACUUCUAGUCUCCGUGUUUUUCAACAUGCUGCUUGAUGGAGAAGGUAAAAAAGGUCAAGACAGAAAAGGUCAGAAUAGAAAAGGUCAAGAUAAAAAUGUUCAAAAUCUCCAAGACGCAUGCGCAGAAGCCCUUGCAUCCGUGUCAGCUCAUAUGAGUUGGUGUUCGUACUACGCUCUGCUGAAUCGGUGUUUCCGUGAGAUGAAGACGCAUACGGAGGACAAGAGAAAGCGUCUGCUGAAUCUCGUCUGCUCGAUUUUGGACAAAUUUCAUUUUGCAAAAGAUGGUCACGAACAGGAGGUUAGGACUUGCCUCGAGAAAACCUUGCUUCCCAAGAUACAGAAGCUGAUGGAUUCUGAGUCUGAUAGUGUUACUCUGAGAAGCUAUGUAGCUGCGGUGAAGGUUCUAAAGCUGCUCCCCAAAGAGAUAAUGGACUCAAAUCUUGAUUCUCUAGUUUAUAAAAUUUCCAAAUUUUUGAGGCAUCGGGAGGACCGUACACGUGAUGAGGCCAGAAAGGUUCUGGCUGCUUGUUUGAAGGAACUUGGACUGGAGGGUUACUUUCAACUUUUCCUUCAAAAACUAGUUUCAUUACUUAAAAAAGGAUCUGAGGUGCAUGUGCUCGGGUACACUGUCAAUUCCAUCUUAUCGGAGUGCCUGCCAAACCCUACGGGUUGGAUGUUGGAUCAUUGUUUGGAAAAUCUCCUUGAUGUGGUGGAAGCUGAUAUCCUUGGAGAUAUUGAUGAACACAAAGAGGAUAGAAAAUAUUCAUUGAAGACGAAGAAAGAAACGAAAACACGCAAGUCACUUGCUACUCUGAAAUUGAUUGCUGAAAAUGUAACGUUUAGAAGCCAUGCAUUGAAGCUCCUUUCUCUGGUGACUAGACAGCUGCAGAGGCCUAUGACUUCAAAUUUAAAAUCCAAACUGGAGGAUACGUUAAAGCAUAUUGCAUUUGGUAUUGAAGGCAAUCCAUCUGUGGAUCAAGGAGAUCUUUUCUGUUUUAUAUACCACCGUGUGGAAGAUGGUAUUAACAACAGGAGUUGCCUUGGAGACCAAGCGUCUUCUCUACCAUCCAAAAAGAAAAGGAAAUCGAGACAUCUGCAAGAGACUUGUGGUGGUAAGUCAUGUCCACAUCUCAUAACCGUGUUUGCUCUGGACUUAUUGGACAACAGACUGAAGAAAAUCCAACCCAGCAAUACUAAUGAAGAGCUGGUGUCGAAGUUGGAUCCAUUUGUCAAACUACUUGUUGGGUGCUUGAGCUCUAAAUAUGAAGAUGUUGUAUCUUCAUCUGUUAGUUGUUUCACUGCAUUAAUAAACUUACCUUUGCCCUCUCUCAAGUCUGAAGCAGGUAAAGUGAUAACCAUCACUGCUGAGUCUGCAGUGAGUUCCAGUAGUCAUCUUGUGCAGUCAGGCAAAAAGCUUUUAAAAGCUGUUCUCGGCAAUGAAAAAUUCAUUUUCUCAUCUGAGGAGUUGAAUAUGCUGAUUCAGCUCCCCAUGUUUGUUGAUCUGGAAUCGGAUCCAUCUGUGGAUUCAUUGAAUGCUUCUCUUUCACUUCUCAAGGCCAUUGUGAAAAGAAAAGUUCCGAAGAUAUAUGAUGCUGCGGAUCAGGUUUCCAAGUUGAUGAUCACACAUAAGGAUGAAUCAGUCUGCAAGAAGUGCAAAGAGUUACUUAUAGAUUUUUUGGUGAAUCAUACACUCUCUAAGAAACGCCUAGAAGGACAUUUUAACUUUCUGCUGAAAAAUCUGAGCUAUGAACAUUCAAGUGGAAGAGAAGUAGUUCUUGAGGUUCUUGAAGAUCUUAUCAAGAAAUUCUCACAACCUAAACUCGGGAAGCAGUCAGUUCUUGACCAGCAGUCUCAAAUCUUGUUUGUUGAGCUUACUCGUCGCUUGGCAACUGAUGAUGCUAAAGAUUCGCUGUCCAAGAUCUGUGAUUUGAUGGAACUUCUGAUAGGUCGCACUAGUAAUUAUAAAUUCUGUCUUGAGCUAUGUCUGGGUUGGUAUAAGCAGGAGAACACACAGGCUACAGCAGCACAGGUACUGGGAUUUUUCAUUGAAGUCAGGAAGGAGGCAUUUUCGGAGCAGAUCCAGAGUAUAUUGUUGCAGGAGGCUAAACCGAUUUUGGAGUCUGCUGUACAGUUGCAAAAUAAUACUGUUGAGGAAGGCAGCAUUCCUUUCUGGAAGGAAGCAUACUACUCUCUUGUGAUGAUAGAGAAGAUGCUCAAGCAGUUUCCUGGUUUAUGUUUUGAAAAACAUUUAGAGGAUGUAUGGAAAUGGGUGUUUAAGUUGUUGUUGCACCCACACAAAUGGUUGCAAAUUAUAACCUGCCGGCUCCUGAAUUAUUAUUUCAAGAAAUUAGCCGAGUCUCGGAAAACAGUAGCUGAUUCUCUUCUUGGCAAGCCAAGUAGCCUUUUCAUGGUAGCUGCUUCUCUUUGCUUCCAGUUAAAGAUGAAUGCCAUUGCAGAAGAAGGCAACGACCAAAACAAUGAUCCUACUGAAGAAGAUAUUGUCAUACAGAAUAUUGUUUUUGCCGUCUCUGGUCUUCAUUUAAGGAUUGGACAGUCAGAUCAUGAGUACUGGUCCAGUCUUGACAAGGAUGAGCAAGCGGAGUUCCUUGAAGCCUUUGUACUAUAUGAUUCAGGGAAAGUAAGGUCUACUUUCUUGGCUCUUAUUUCAGGCAGCGAGAAAUGCCAAGAUGAUGUAAGAAAGGUAUUAAUUGGAAGUUUGCUCAAAAGAAUGGGGAAGCUUGCCCUUGAUAUGGGCGUGAUUCAUACGAGAAUCGUGAGAAUUGUGUUGAGCGUGUAUAAAGAAUUUGCGUCAAAGUUGAGUCAAGAAGACUGUCGCCUAUAUGCCUACAGAAUUCUGUUUCCGCUGUACAAAGUUUGCCAAGGGUUUACAGGGAAAGUCAUCUCAGGUGAGUUGAAACAGCUAGCGGAAGAGGUAAGAUACAGUAUAAGAGACGAGAGGUUAGGUAGCCAAGUGUUUGUGCAAGUGUACAGCGAGAUCAAAAAGAGUUUGGAAGCCAAGAGGGAGAAGAGGAAGCGUGAGGAGAAGCUAAUGGCGGUGAUAAACCCUGAGAGAAACGCAAAGAGGAAACUAAAGCUAGCUUCAAAGAACAAGGCUAACAAGAAAAGGAGGAUUAUAAGCAGUAAAAUGGAAAGAUGGUCACGCUGUUAGAGUUACCCUUUUGAUUAGAACUGGAAUAACUUAUAAAAACCUGAUUAUUUUAUUUCACCUCCAAUUCAUCAUCUCCUGAUCUCCAAUAUGAUUGCGGACGAUAGUUAGACUUUUCUUCAGUAAGAAGAUACACUAGUAAAUGUAUUAACUAACUAGAAAUUUAAUUUAGCUGAUUUAUAUAUGAAAUUUAACUAGAGAUCAGUUGGGAGA